CUUUUAAACACACUUUCAAGAAAGCAACUGCUUUAUUACUUCUUCAAACACCUCUCUCUCUCUCUCUCCAUGGAUUCAACCGCUGCUCAAUGGCCUCCUCCACAGGUGAAUGAGAAGGUGAGGUGGUCAGGAUCAAAUGAGAGGAAAAUGAGGCCUCAGAAAGAGAGAGCUCUCAACUGCCCUCGCUGCAACUCCACCAACACCAAAUUCUGCUACUACAACAACUACAGCCUCUCUCAGCCCAGAUACUUCUGCAAAACAUGCCGCCGCUACUGGACUGAAGGCGGCUCCCUCCGCAACAUCCCUGUCGGCGGUGGCUCCCGCAAGAACAAGCCUUCUUCCAUUUCCACUAAUUUGGUGCCUUCGCCACAAAACCCUAAAUCCCACCAUUUCAAAGCCCUAAGCGAGAUCAUCUCAUCUUCACUGCCGCAGCAGCAGCAGCAUCUCUCCUUGCUGGCGGAUCCGUACUCGUCGUCGCUGGAAGGGCUUGUGAGCGGCUAUGGAAGCUUCCAGGGGCUUCCGGAAACGAGCGGGAAGCUUCUGUUUCCCAACAAUGGAGGAGAUCAUGGAUAUUGGAAUGGUGGUGGAUCAUGGUCUAGCUAGUUAGAGGAGAUAGUUUGUACACACCUGCUGCAUCUUCAGAAAAAAGAGGAAAGGAGAUUUACCUAAUAAUGGUAUUGAUAUCCAAACAGGCAUCAACUGUGAUACAGACUCAUUCAAUUCAUUCACACAUAUAAAUAGAUAUAUGUAGUGGCAAUAAAUAGAUAAAUUUCCCAAGUUGCUUUUAAAGAGUUCCCCAUGCCAUGUUCACCUUUCCUAUCACUUGUUGAAAGAUCUGAAAAACCCUACUCACUUUUGUCAUUCAAUGGGACCCACAAACAUUCCCCUAGACAAUUGUGCUGCU